AUGGUUCUACUUUCAAUUGAAUUCUAUGAAAAUGCUUCGUACUAUUUUUUAAUAAUUUUGAAUGCUAUUUCCAUUCUAUACUACAUUUUCAAUACAACUAUAAGCAUAAAAGCUGGUUGUUUCAAACGGAACAUUCAUAUUCUACACCAUGCAAUUUAUGUUUGUUGUCCAAUUAUUUCAACUCUAAUGAUCUUGGAAAAGAUUCUGGAAAUUAUGGGAAAAGUAGAAGAAUAUGAAUCAUCCAAUCAACCAUACAUUUUUCUACAGUUUGUCAGAACUGCACUCAUAUCUACCCCGUUUCACUCUCUAGCGAUCACAGUGUUAGAGAGGCUAUGUGCAACUUAUUAUAUUAAAGAUUACGAACGGAAUCCUAGAUUUUUCAUUGGAUUCUCUUUGAUUGGUGGUCUCUAUGCUUCAUCUAUACUUACAGCCUGUAUUAUUAAAUUCACUUCCUAUAUUCUACACUUUGCAAUAUGUGAUGUAAUUAUGAACAUUGUUUCUUAUAUAUUUUUAAUAUGGAACCAAAAACUAAAUCGUAAAUAUUAUCAUGAUAAUCGCCGUGUAUCUAAUCACACGUACUCUCUCGGAGAACGAUAUCAGAUAUCUGAAAAUAUUCGAGUUUUCAAGUAUUACACCCGUUAUGUAUCCAUUUUGACGUUUUUUAUAAUUGUAUGCAUAUUAAGUGUUAUUUUUUCAUUUUCUGCUACCCCCAAUGUUCAACGCCUCUUGAAAUUUAUUUUCAAUCUCAGCUAUACUUUAUUAACUAUUUUUGGGCCAUUCUUUUUUCUUCAAAUGAGCGAUUCUUGGCAAAAUGAGUUGCAUGAAAUUCUUUCCAAGGUUCGAUUGAGAAAAAAGUCAAAAAUUCAAGACAUUGCUGCUAAGGCAAAGAGUUUGAGAAAUACGUUUGGAAAACAAAUGGAUUUUGAGAGGAAGAAGCAUUGUGACGUAUACUUUGAACAGUUGAAAACUUCUUGGAAUCAGUCAAGACAACCGAAUAAAUCUCGAAUUUUUUAAGUGAAACUUUUUAAAUUUUUAUUUUGAAUUUUAUGAAUAAAAAAUUCAAUUUAA